CUCUUUGAGUCAUUGUCCUGUUCCCUAGAUGGGGGAGCUCUUCUCCUGAUGCGCCUUCCCGUGUUUCCGCCGGUAGCUUCUCUUUUCAGCUUUGGUUUCUCUCCGGCGACAUGAUCCGUUCCGCGCUCUGCAGCCUGUCGCUUCGUUCGGCGCUCAACGUCUCCAGUCCUUCUCCCUGGCGACCUCGGUUUUAUCCUUCUCAAAAAUUCGAACCUCGGUGCUAUACAAAUGGAUCAAACUUCGGGAAUCAUAAGCUACCAAAACAAGUUUUAGAAAAUGAUGAGCCAUUGGCUUCUCGGUCAUGGAUAGCUUAUGUUAUUCCCACCGCGGUAUUAUUGAUCGCUGGAACUGGCCUGUAUGUUCAUUAUAAUGAUGAAAAGCGAGCAAUCUUAAAAGGUUCAGAACAAAGUAUUGUUUACGAGAGGAAUAAUGUCAACAGACCAGCAAUUGGAGGGCCCUUCAAACUGUUCGAUACUGAAAAUAAUUCUGUAACUGAAUCAACCUUCCAGGGAAAUUGGGUACUCAUGUAUUUUGGGUACACUUCGUCACCUGAUGUUGGACCAGAAGAAGUUAAAAAGAUGGCUGAUGUUAUUAAAGUAUUAGAGUCUGAAUACAAUUUCAAGAUUAAACCUGUUUUUAUCUCCAUUGAUCCUCAACGUGACACCUGUGCUCAAGUCAAGGCUUACCUAAAAGAAUUUGAUCCAAGAAUUAUAGGACUAACAGGUCCUGUAUCCUCUGUAAGACAGGCGGCACAGGAAUAUCGUGUAUUCUUUAGGAAAGUUGAUGAAGAAGGCCAAGAUUAUCUUGUUGAAUCUUCAAACAACAUGUACCUGUUAGAUCCCAACAUGGAGGUUGUCAGGUUUUUCGGGGUGGAGUAUGAUGCACGACAAUUGGCUGAUGCCAUAAUGAUGGAGGUGAACAAGGCAUCAAGAUGACCAAAUAGCUACUAUUUUGUUUCGGAAAGGAUGAUCCAAGAUUCCAAGUUAUGCAUUGAAACCGAGUUGAAGCAGCUUCUGACCUUGUGUGGUUGUGGUAUUACAUAGUUGGCAGAAGCAACUGCCUUUCUCAAGUUACAUCCAUGCUGAUGGCUUACAUGCUUUCUUUUUCUCCAUGCUCUAGUAAACAUUGAUUGCUCUUCACAUUGCAACAUUAGGAGUGAACAAUUCCAGAAUUCGUGGUUCCCAGCUUGAGUUCAAUAUAAUUAGGGACUAAAUGUGCUGAAGCUGAUUCUUCACAUAAUGGAUUUCAUGCUUCACAUGCA